GCGUCUCCCACCACGCAUCGCGAGAAGACAUCCACCAUGGCCGGCCCCAAAUACCAAAACGUCCCGCAGCGAGACUCGCUCGACGAGGCCUCUCCUUCAUUCGCGCAAGCGCCACCCAGCUACCAGGCAGCCGACCCGCAGGAAGCUCUCCUGCGCGGCGUGCCUCGCGGCGAAGAUGACAAUCUGCCUGAUGACUUCAAGUUUGGCGGCGUCGUAGCAGAAGCCACGCUGGACAUCCGUAUGGCCUUUAUUCGCAAGGUGUACGCUAUUCUCACCGUCCAACUCUUCGCCACUGCCGCUUUGAGCGCCGUCUCCAUGACCUCGGUCACGUACAAGACCUGGAUCCAGGAAAACCAAUGGAUGAUGUGGGUGUCCCUUCUGGGUUCCUUCGUCUUCCUCGGCCUCACCUUCUGGAAGCGCAAAUCUUACCCGACAAACCUCCUCUUCCUCGCUGGGUUCACCGCUAUGGAAGCCUACUCCAUCUCCGUCAUCGUGUCCUUUACAGACUCCAAAAUCGUCUUGGAAGCCGUCGUCUUCACGUUGGGCAUCUUCGUUGCGCUGAGCUUGUUCGCCUGCCAGUCAAAGUACGACUUCACAAGCUGGGUACCGUACUUGUUUGGCGCCCUGUGGGUCGUCAUCUUGUUUGGUUUCAUGAGCGCGUUUUUCCCGUACAACAGCAAGGUCGAGCUGGGUUACGGAAUCGUUACCGCGCUCAUCUUCUCGGGAUACAUUUUGGUCGACACGCAAAUGAUCAUGCGCCACUACCAUGUCGAGGAGGAGAUCGCUGCCGCUAUCUCGCUGUACCUCGAUAUCAUUAACUUGUUCCUCGCUAUCCUCAGGAUCCUGAACUCGCAGAACAACAACUGAGCUGCGGCUUGAGGACAUGCUGGUCUGUUUGCGAGGGAAUUUGUACGGCGUUGCGUGGUCAUAGUUGGGAUACAGAGCAAAGUCGACUGACUAGGCGUUGGUUGCUAUUCCUAGGGGCUUUGAAUUUGCAGAGCAAGACUCUGGUUACUCGUAAUUGCACGUUUUCCCUGUGCUUGUAUGAUAUAUCUCAUUCCAUAGUACACCUGUAGCGUUAUUUGAUCUUGACACAUUCUCCAAAUUCACCUCCCCCAUUGCACCAGGCCAAGUGUCAAAAAGCGAAGUAGAUAGGAUUACACAAUCUAUGCUUCUAGGGUAUGUAUAUCCCACCCAAAACACCCCUGGACUCCACGUUCCUUUUAGCCCAGAAACAAUAGCAGACAUGUAUGACCGCAU